GUUCUCUUCACAGAAGGAAGUUGGCUGAGCUGUGACUUCUCGAAAAAACAACACACACACACCCACACAAAAACUCACGUAACAAAGAAAGAAAACUGAUACCGUUCAACUCAAGUUUUACGUUUCCGAAGGUGAAAAGAGCAGGACUGGGGGACUCGAUGAGGACUCGAUGACGACGACGACGACGAUGAUGAUGAUGAGCGCACCCGCGGAGCACAAGCGCACCGUGCCGCAGCUCAGCAAUGAGCUGCAGCUGCGCAUUAUGCACAAGGUGAAGAACGGCGAGCUGAGCAUUGAGGACGCCCUGAAAGAGGCCAGAGAGGAGACGUGCCGCUCGGCUGCAGACGUGGACAGCACUUCACAGUAUAACUUCAGUGUGUACAAGUUCAAUCGGUACCGCUGGCAGAAACGCGUCUUGCAGAUUGACUUCAAAACUAGAGUGCUCUGCAGUAUCGAGAAGGGCAUUGUCAAGCGGCAGAUCCCCUUCCAUGUAGUGAAGAGUUGCGAGGAUGGAGUUGCAGCCAAGUUUUGCAUCUCAUUCCGGGAGCGGCAUGACUACGAGCUGGAGGCCACCUCACUGGAGGACAAGCACAAGAUAAUCCAGCUGGUGAAUAAGAUCAUCCAUGGAAAUAUAUAUACCAGCCCUGGGCGUGUGGAUGCAGAGACCCGUGAUCAGCCUCUCCAGCCGAACUGUCUCCGUGAGGGUCAGCUGUACCUUCAGAGGGGUGGCCUGGCCUCCAUUAGAUGGGUCAAGUACACUGUUCGUCUCCAUGAAGGACAGCUGUCCCUGCUUCCCGUCACUGUUAACGUGGGUGGUGUUGGCAUCUGUACCGCCCCCCAGACCCAGACCACCGUGAUCCAUUUCUCAGACGGGAAUGCCAGUGUGGAAAAACCACGCAGCUGUGACACCUUCACGCUCAUCACCAAGAUCAAUGAGUAUCUGUUCCGGGUGCCCGUCUCUGCUCAGACAAACAGCACAGAGGCCAUCGCGGCUGAGCGGGACGAGUGGGUUCGAGCCAUAGAUGAGCUCUGCCUGGUCUGGAAGCACCGGCUCCAGGCAGAGAACCAGAGCCUUUAUGAGAUCAUCCCUGAACCAGGGGGAACCAAUAAGAGCGGGGAGGUUGGCAAGAGGAGCCCUUCCCCUCAGGCACAGGAGGCCCAGUUAGCAAGCUCACCUGAUGAAGACAGAGACAGAGCCAUACCUCCAGUGCCAACAGCACGCUCACCCCCACCAGCCUACCUUUCCCCCAAACCCUGUGACCACCCAAAGUCUGCGCUUUUAGUGCCUGUGUUUCCCGGGCUGCCGCUACCCAUUGCCCCCCCAGUCCCUGCUCCCCCUCCCUUGCCAAGCAGAUUGAAUGUCACACCGACAUCCAGGAAGACCAAGGCCUUUCACUGGGAUGUGGUCGCUCAUGACAAGGUUGGCAAGUCCCUGUGGGCGCAGCGUGAUGCAAGUACUGUUCGGAUCGACACAGCCCGCCUAUACGAGCAGUUUGGCAUCCAGGACUCUGCGUGUCCUGGGAGCGUCGACCCCCUCAAUAACCAGCACAUCAUGCUGAACCAGAAGGUCGCCCACAACUUCAAUAUUUUUCUCAGGAGCUUUCCGGUGAAACCUGAAGAGCUGAAGGACAGGUUGUUCAUUGUUAAUGAGGAGGACGGAGCGCUCAGUGAUGAACACAUCACCUCUCUAAGGAGGUACGUUCCAACUUCGGAUGAUGUGGAGAUGUACAAGUCCUACAAGGGGUCACCCUCCGAGCUACACUUGGUGGACCAAUACAUGCUGGAGAUGUGCAACAUCCCUUACCUGAGCACUCAGCUGGACCUGCUGCUGACGUUGCGGGAACUGCCUGUCAGCAUGGAGGACCUGCAGCCGCUGAUCAGCCAGAAGAUCAGGAUGUGCUCACAGCUGUACGGCAGUAAGUCCUUCGUGGCAAUACUAGAAUACCUCCUCGCCGUGGGCAACUACCUCAAUGAGAACUCGGGCAAGGAGAAGGCAAAAGGAUUCCGCCUUUCGUCGUUGGCCAAACUCUCACAGCUCCGUGGGAAAGACAGGAAGUUCACCUUGCUGCAUGCCCUUGUCGAGCAGGUCAGGUUACAUGAUCCCCACGUGGCAACGUUUUUCCAGGAGCUGGCGGAAUUUGAAACUGUUCCAGGGGCAUCAGUUAAAGGCUUGACUGCAGAGGUGGAUGUCCUGAAGAAUGAGUUGCAGAAGGUCAUUCAAUACAGAAAAACGUACAAGCGGAAAAACCAGGGGGCUCAGCAUCAAAAGUUUCUCAGAGACCUGAAGGUGGCAAUUGAAAGGCACAAUUCCGAUCUCUCCCAGAUGACCAAGAGGUGUGAGGACAUGAAGAAGCUCUACUCAGACAUAUUGGUGAAAUUUGGAGAGCCCCUGGAACAAGAUUCGCAGGAGCUUUUUGGGUGGGUGAGCACCUUCAUCAACGAUUUCAAGAGAGUUCACGCAGAGAUGACGCAGUAACACCAUGCGCAGGAAGCCUCCCAUGCCCGUGCGCACACAUCAUAAGCAGUUCUAGAAGGAUCUAUGCCUUGGAGAACUUUUGAUGAGCAUUAAUCUUAAGUGGGACAAGUGCUGAAUAUGUUCAGUUCCGCUGUUCACUUCAAAUUCAGCUGUGCACACUAGUAAUGUGUAAAUUUGGGAUAUGUUGUAUAUAUGCCAAGAAUAACACAGCAGCUGAAAAAAUGUCUUGAUAUGGUACACAUUUUUAUGCUUAUUUUAAAAAGGAGAGCCAAGACUAAUUUUUUUUUUUACUGUACUUCAUUUGGCAAAUGUUUUAUUUUGCUUAUUUAAAUUUAUGAAAUACUGGAAUUUUCCAUGCAGUUUGGUGGUACAUUGGCUGUUUGGAUAUAGAUUUGAAACCAACUCAGUUUGUGCGGCGUUUGUAUGUUCUCUGUGUGGGUUUCCUCCCACAGUCCAAAGACAUGUAGUUCAAGUAAACUGGACACUCCGAAUUGCCCACAGCGUACGUGUGUGUGUGUGUGUGUGUGUGUGUGUGUGUGUGUGUGUGUGUGUGUGUGUGUGUGUGUAUGGUAGACUGGCAUCUUCAGGAUUUACCCUACCAGCCUAGAGCUCAGUGAUUCUGGGAUCGGCUCUGGACUGCAGUGACUCUGACCAGACUAAGUAGGUAAUGAAAGUGAGAGGAAAUUUUCCUGUUUGAAAUAUUAAUAGAACACCCAGUUUGAUAAUGUUUUUACUUGAAAAUGUAUGUAUCAAGUGCAGUUUUAUUAUUAUUUGAAUUGUUCACUCCAUUAAUUAUGACACAUGAACUAGUGUACACAUCUGACCUCUGGAGGUUCCAGCAAACACUGAACUGUUUUACCAUGCCGGGCAUAUAGAGCCACGUGGCUAUCUCCACAGUGAUAUAUGAGCUAUAGUGUACUGAUGAUUAUCCGUGUGCAGAUUAUUUGGUUUGCUGCUUAUCUGUGCAUGAUCAUGAAUAUGUAGUCAGGUAAUGACUGAUGACGGCGUGUGAAACAUAUACGAAACAUAUAUUACCAUGCACUGAGAGUGUGCGCGCAAACCUGAAUGCAGAACUUGGGCACAUUUAGAAGAUGGAAGAAAGUUUUAGUUGCUAUAAAAAAAAAAGCUUCAUCCAUCCAUCCAUCCAAUUCCAAUAAGCGCUUGUCCUGAGCAGGGUUACGGUGAUCUGGAGCCUAUCAUGGAAGCAUUGAGUGCAAGACUGAGGUGGGGUACACCCUGGAUGGGACAAUAGUAGAGCUUCAGUUAAUUGAAAAAAAUAAAAAUCAGGCAUCUGCAGAAGAGCUUCUAGAAAAGUCCUAAAGCUGCCCAAACAGUUUGGGACGCACCCAAAGGCGAAAGAAACUUGGAAGGAAUUCGGAGUUUGACAUUAGGUAAUGCAUCAAGAAUUCUCAAAAAUUAAUCCAAGAUUUUUUUUAGCAUAAACAAUGCAUACCUUAGUAUAAAUAGUCAAGACAUUUCGGAAUUUUUGGGAUUAUAGCACAAUAAAGUGUAUGUGUUUAUGUGUUUUGAUUAUCCGUGCACACCCCAUCUCUUCUUUUAACUCAGAUAAUCAAGAGUACACUGUAUUGCUCUACCACCUGCAGCGGGUGGCCUUCCCCUUUGCACUGCAGUCCCAUGGGGCAUUGGGCCUCAGCAGAGUUCAGAUUUUUUUCACUUGGCAGUGUGGAUUUCCAGGUAUAAGGAUAAAGCUAGUCAAAUACCCCUUCGGGCUUUUUCCUCUUUGUGGAUUGCUUUCUCUGCCUUGUCCAUCAGUGAUGCUGGCCAACCAUGCAGUGAAUCCAUGAAGAAUGGCCAAUCCGCACUCGUGCCUCACGGUUGACAGAGCAAUUGUUGGCCCAGGAGCAAUUGCCUACAGAUCACCACAGAGGCAUCCGAGUGGCCCUAAAAAUCCCAUUUUGAUUAAACCUUUCCACUGAAGGGUAAAGGCCAGCUAUACUGCUCAUAUAACAACAUACCGCUCAAAAAAUGUGUUGGACCUUUAAACUGGUUUUAAAUGUGCCUUGAAGUCCUGGCCUUGUGGACGGAUAAAUGUAGCUGACUCCGAAUGUAGACCUUAAAUCAGAUUACAAUGGUACAUAGAGGUAAUGUGUGAAAUAUGCUCAAGUGGUGCUCCUCAAACACUAUAAAGGGAACCGUUGACUGAGUGCAACUUUGCUGAUUACAUCCUCCUUCACUCUGAAGAACUGCUUCCAUUUCUCACCAUGGCCUUUCUUUACGAUUCGACAGACAUUUACUAAAAUUGAAAUGAACUAAUGAAAGAAGGGGGCCUUAUUCUUUUCUUGUAAAAAGCAAUAUAUUGUGUUUUUUGCAGGCUCUGUUAACUCCACAUCAUUAUUUGGCCCUUCUGAUCCUAGGUUUGUGUGUGGGUGUGAGACUGUCACCUGAACGUGCUAUGGUUGGAAAUAGUGUCAAGAUAUAUUUCAUAUUAGCAGAACAGUACAUAACACCGGAACACAUACUUGUGUAUUUGCAGUGACAUGCCAGAUUCCACACACCACGUUUCAUACUUUUACACACAGCUGUGAGUGAUGUUUUGUGACUUAGCUGGAGGUCUGUUUUUUAAGUGUUCCAGCCAUUGUUUUGAGAAUUGCCAUAUAAGAAAGCAUCAUUGUAAUUUGACAUCUCUAAACUGUUUGUGUCCUCUCUGAAAUAUCUGUAGCGGUGUAAUAGGUACUCGGCGUGAGACUUGAAAAGAGUCCGAGAGUCUGCAAUUGAUUGAUUUUAUGGGAGACUGAGAAGAGAGUCCCUCUGUGUCUGACAUUUUAAUUAGAGGCUCGUGGAAAACGCCUUGCUUAAAGUGUGAAGGACUGGUAUAAUGAGCACAAACCGUAGAGUACAUGCUGGAAUACGUGUGU